AUGUUUUGGAUUGAGCGGUUAUCGCAUAGAGAUAAAUAUUGUAUAUGUGAACAAGUAUGGAAGAGUUUUAAAAUUAUCAACGUGAAGAUUGAUUCGGGUUAUCUGGAGGUUUAUAUGACACCUGAGGAUGGUUCAAGGGGGCUUGUACUAAGCUUAAGGAAUGGAGAGGAUUGCAAACCUGGAAAUUUCGAUACGACAUUUACAUUUCAAAUCUGGCAGCAUGUUAAGAUUGAAGUAUUUGGUAAUGGUGAAAUUACUAUAAUGGGAAAAGUGUUGCCAGGUUUGACUAGAUGUAAGACGAAAGGCCGAUAUCUGAAGGGUUGUCCGUUCAACGACAUAGAUGGUGGUGAUGAUGUUGAAUGGGUGCAAAAAUAUGGAAUAAAUGAAUUUGAAAAAGGGGAAGAGGAAAGAAUUAAAGAGGUUCUUCGCCGAAAUGGAAGUCCUCAUGAUUAUUAUGGAGAUGAUAUCAUACGAAUUCAGCGGGAAGGAGGGGGAGACUGGAAGAUCUAA